AUAUAAUCGAUUAUACUAACAUUGCAAGAACAGGAAGUGUCUUUCUUCGUGAUCAUAGUCACUGAAAGGAACUAAAAAUGGCGGACACUGCUCCAGCCGCUCGUGGAGGUUUUCGUGGAGGUUUUGGUACUCGUGGUGCUGGUGGAGAUCGCGGAGGCCCUCGAGGUAGAGGACGUGGUGGAAGAGCACGGGGACGCGGUCGUGGUCGCGGCAAAGAGGAUAGUAAAGAAUGGAUGCCUGUUACCAAGUUGGGCCGUUUAGUUCGAGAUGGAAAGAUUCAGUCUUUAGAACAUAUUUACCUCUUUUCUUUACCUAUUAAAGAAUAUGAAAUCAUUGAUAAAUUUCUUGGACCUGAUCUUAAAGAUGAAGUUCUGAAGAUUAUGCCAGUCCAGAAGCAAACCAGAGCAGGUCAACGUACCCGUUUUAAGGCCUUUGUAGCUAUCGGAGACACCAAUGGUCAUAUUGGCUUAGGAGUAAAGUGCUCCAAAGAAGUAGCUACUGCUAUCCGAGGUGCUAUUAUCUUAGCCAAACUUUCUGUAGUACCUGUACGUAGAGGUUAUUGGGGAAAUAAAAUUGGCAAACCGCAUACAGUACCUUGCAAAGUUACUGGAAAAUGUGGAUCCGUACAAGUGCGCUUGAUCCCUGCACCCAGAGGUACAGGAAUUGUGUCAGCACCUGUUCCUAAAAAACUUUUGCAAAUGGCUGGUAUUGAAGAUUGUUAUACAUCUGCCAGAGGGUCUACUUGCACUCUGGGUAAUUUUGCUAAAGCAACAUAUGCUGCUAUAGCUAAGACUUAUGCUUAUUUAACACCAGAUCUAUGGAAUGAACAGCCUUUGCUUAAAGCACCAUAUCAAGAAUAUGCUGAUUAUUUGUCAAAACAUCAUAAAGCUGUAGCAGGUCAACGAGCUGCCGAAGCCGUUUAAACAAUAAACUUUUAUUCAAUGAGAGCCUCUUAA